AUGCAGUCAAAAGGUCAGGCAGAUGAUACUUCAGGUUCGAUUAAUAACGAAGGUUCUACCACCCCAGAACAACAGGCCUUUGAGAAUGAAACGGCCUGGACCCGGAACGGUGUUACUUUUGCAUCAUUCGGCAAACGGCACUAUGGUCGCGGCAUCGUUGAGCUGGACCGAAAGCUGAAAUCUCGUCACCUGACGAUGAUUGCUAUUGGCGGGUCUAUUGGCAGUGGUUUUUUUGUUGGAUCGGGUUCUGCACUCAGCAACGGGGGUCCUGGUUCUCUUACGAUUGGCUAUCUCAUCCUUGGUGUGAUGGUUUUUAAUAUCGUCUAUGCUCUCGGAGAGUUGGCAGUUAUGUUCCCUCUUUCAGGUGGAUUUUAUACAUAUGCCAGCCGCUUCAUUAACCCUUCGUUCGGCUUUGCAGCAGCUUGGGUCUAUGUUCUCUCAUGGGCCAUCGCACUACCGCUCGAGCUAACCGUAUGCGCAAUUACAAUUGGAUACUGGGACAGCGAAAUAUCCCCAGGAGUUUGGAUUGCUGUUAUCCUUGCUGCUAUUACGAUUCUCAACAUCUUCGGUGCACUGGGCUAUGCGGAGGAAGAAUUCUGGGCUGCCUGCUUUAAACUAGGCUCGACGCUUGUGUUUCUGAUCAUCGCGCUUGUACUUGUCUGUGGUGGCGGGCCUUCUGAAGGCCGCUAUCACGACUACUGGGGUGCUCGUCUUUGGUAUGAGCCUGGAGCCUUCAAGAACGGUUUCAAAGGCUUCUGCUCGGUCUUCGUCACAGCGGCCUUUACAUUUGCUGGAACCGAGCUCGUUGGCCUUGCGGCUGCAGAAUCGCGUAACCCCACCACCGCCGUUCCAAGCGCGGUGAAGCAGAUUUUCUGGCGUAUCUUGAUUUUUUAUGUCCUCGGUCUUUUCUUCGUCGGGUUGCUAAUCGAUUGCAAUGACCCGUCUUUAUUAUCAUCUAGUUCCUAUGCUGAUUCCAAAUCGUCUCCUUUUGUUCUGGUUGGCAAAUACGCGGGCCUGCACGGCCUAGACGAUUUUAUGAACACCGUAAUCCUUUCUUCGGUGCUUUCCAUUGGUAUCGCAUCAGUAUACGGCGGCUCACGUACCAUGACGGCAAUCUGCCAGCAGGGAUAUGGUCCCAUAAUCUUCACGUAUAUUGACCGCGCAGGGCGGCCACUCCCGUCAGUGGGUGCUAUCAUCGCUUGCGGCUUGCUCGCUUUCGUUAAUCUGAGUGCUCAGGGCCAAGUGGUCUUCAAUUGGUUUCUUUCUAUUGUUGGGUUAGCGGUGCUGUUUACAUGGGGAGCCAUCUGCCUCGCCCAUAUCCGUUUCCGAGCGGCUUGGAAACUCCAGGGUCACACCCUCGACGAGAUUCCAUUCAAAUCGCCUGCAGGUAUAUAUGGCUCUUGGUUUUCUCUGAUCGCCAUAAUCAUAAUAUUCAUCGCCCAGUUUUAUAUCGCCAUCACAGCGCCACCUGGGGAGAGUGGAUUGGGUACCGUGGAAGACUUUUUCAUGUCAUAUCUUGGUUUCCCUGUUAUUCUCGUAUUCUGGGCAAUUGGGUAUAUAUGGAAGCGAGAGGGCUGGCGUUCUUUGGAUGAGAUUGAUGUUGAUACUGGGCGACGUGAGUAUGAUUGGGAAGCUAUCCAUGCCGAUCGAGCCAGGAUUGCUCAGCUCCCAAUGUGGAAGCGUAUGUGGUAUAUUCUGUUUUAG